UGUACUUUAAACGGAACUUUCUGCUUCCUCCUCGUCCCUCGGUUCCUCCUCUACUGUUACCAUAUAUUCGAUAACAGCUGUCAUAUUGCUAUGUUAUGCAGGUCACUGUUGGCGAGUGCGUGCACUCUCGGUGUUUUUGGAGCUGCUACAUAUAAAUUUGCUCCUCCUAGGAUACAAGCAGCCGCCUUAAGUUCAAUUGUGAGAAAAUCCUCUAUUGUGGAACAAACUGACAUGAAGAUUGAACUACUUCCAGCACUCUCAGAUAAUUAUAUGUACCUUCUCAUCGAUGAGGAUACAAAAGAAGCAGCCAUUGUUGAUCCAGUGGAGCCAGUAAAGGUUGUGGAAGCGGUGAAAAAGCAUGGCGUCAAACUUAAAACUGUCAUGACCACACACCAUCACUGGGAUCAUGCAGGUGGAAAUGAAAAAAUGGUAAAACUGGUUCCUGGGCUGACGGUCUACGGAGGGGAUGACCGAGUGGGUGCCUUGACCAAGAAAGUGAAACACGACAACACAUUCAAGGUUGGCUCACUCAACGUUAAAUGCUUGUUCACUCCAUGCCACACCACUGGACACAUCUGCUUCUUUGUGACCAAGGACGGCAGCACCGAACCACCAGCUGUUUUCACAGGAGAUACCCUGUUUGUUGCUGGCUGUGGGAAGUUCUUUGAGGGCACUGCGGAACAGAUGUACAAAGCACUGAUUGAGGUUCUUGGUCAGCUCCCUCCUGAAACGCGUGUAUUCUGUGGUCAUGAAUACACGGUGAACAACCUGAAGUUUGCACGCCAUGUUGAACCAGAUAAUGAAGUCAUUCGGAAAAAGCUUGCCUGGGCCAAGGAAAAAUGCUCAAAUGGAGAACCAACCAUCCCAUCAACCUUGGCUGAUGAAUUCUCGUUUAACCCAUUUAUGAGAGUACGGGAGAAGUCAGUCCAGGACCAUGCAAAGACAAGCGACCCCAUUGACACAAUGCAAAGCAUUCGGAAGGAAAAAGACAACUUCCGUGUCCCCAAGAAUUAAAGUGAACCAAUGAAAACGCUCCAAAAAGCCUUCCAUGCCACAGCCUACUCUGUUACUACCACACUACAUACCAAGAGUAUCAAAAGCUACUUCUGACAAUAACAAAGCUAUUUUAGCUUGCUUUUCUUUUUAAACGUUGUAUAUCUGUGGCAUCACUGGUAUUUGAAACAUGAUUUGGUUCAUGCAGCGUGUACAGAAUGAUAUUACCUGUAAAUGUAUAACAUAAAGGAUAUUUUAAUAUUGCUGAGGUCUUAAAGUUGGAAGCCCGAUGAUGGGUAACCACAUAAAAUGUUAUAAAAUGACAAGAAAAGCAGGGAAUUUUCAUUUUGAGCAAUGUAGGCCAUAGGCCUAACUUCUGCUAUUUGCUUGCGAAGAAAUAGCUGUGUGGUACUAUUUUGUUCAUGUAAAGCUGUUAUUAUAGGAUAUGCACAGUUUUAGUGUGGAUUAGGUCUAUUCAAGAUGCAAUAUUGUUUCAUCAUUUGCUUUGAAGAGUUAGAUUUACAAAGAAUGAUUUAGCUUCUUUUUUUUUUUCGUCAGUAACACCAUUCAUGUCGAAUCUUGAAAUGUUAUCCAGCAGAUUUUGCACUUUUUGUUCUCAAAAAAUGUUUUGUCAACAUUGUCAACAAGAUGUAAUAAUUAUUUAGCAAUGCAUAGCCUAUAUAAAAAUGUUAAGCAUCACAAAA